AAUUGUUGAUUCUUAGGCUCCAGUUUGUUUCACGGCGAAUUUUAUAGUGUUUGGGGCACUUAGUAAAAUGAGUGACACUUAUAAUCUUAUUGAAGUGUGGAAACAAUACGAUGAUGAUGUGUUUCUGAUAUCAGUGACCUUUCUUAGCAACAAAAUUAAGAAUAAUUUUGUUUUUAACUUUUAGGAUUGAUAUUUAUUACUGUAAUGGAAUAUCAUUUGAUGAUGUGUUUUCAUUAUAGGGGUUGAGGUUUGGGAUAGAGUCGAAAAUGGAUCAGCUCAAGGCUCCUGCUCGGCUCAUGAUAGUUUCUGAUCUUGAUCAUACAAUGGUUGAUCAUCAUGAUCCUGAGAACAUGUCUCUUCUUAGGUUCAAUGCAUUAUGGGAAGCCCAUUAUCGUCAUAAUUCUCUACUGUCCUUUUCCACUGGAAGGUCACCGACACUUUACAAACAGCUGAGGAAAGAGAAGCCCAUGUUAACACCAGACAUAACCAUAAUGUCUGUGGGAACUGAGAUCACUUAUGGUAACAAGAUGGUGCCAGAUGAUGGUUGGUUUGAGUUUCUGAAUAAAAAAUGGGAUAGGAACAUAGUCACUGAGGAAACAAGCAAGUUCCCUGAACUUACUCUUCAGUCAGAAACAGAGCAACGACCACACAAGGUUAGCUUUUAUGUUGAUAAAGAUAAGGCUCAGACUGUAAUGAAGGUACUUUCAGAGAUAUUGGGAAAACGAGGGUUGGAUGUUAAAAUAAUUUAUAGUGGAGGAAUGGAUUUGGACAUUCUACCACAAGGUGCUGGCAAAGGACAGGCUCUUGCAUAUUUGCACAAGAAGUAUAAGACCAAGAGAAAACUACCUACUAACACUCUUGUGUGUGGUGAUUCUGGAAAUGAUGCUGAACUCUUCAGCAUUCCAGACGUAUAUGGAGUCAUGGUUAGCAAUGCACAAGAAGAAUUGUUACAGUGGCACGCUGAAAAUGCUAAAAAUAAUCCCAAAGUAAUUCAUGCAACUGAAAGGUGUGCAGCUGGGAUUAUACAAGCCAUUGGUCAUUUUAAACUUGGUCCAAAUACUUCUCCAAGAGAUACAACAGACUUUAAAAACCAUGAGUUGGAAAAUGUUAGUCCUGGCAAUGUACUGGUGAAAUUUUUCUUGUUCCUUGAGAGGUGGAGACGUGCAGAAGUUGAGAAUUGUGAGACGUACUUGGCAAGCAUGAAAGCUGAUUGUGAUCCAUCUGGUAUCCUUGUCCAUCAUUCUGGUGCUGAGAUCUCUCUGCAUGAUGCUAUAAAUGGGUUAAGGAGUCACUAUGGUGACAAAAAGGGCAAGCUGUUUCGAAUUUGGGUUGAUCAGACAUUAUCUACAAAGAUUGGUUCAGAUAUAUGGCUAGUACAGUUCAAGCAGUGGGAGUUAUCAGGUGAUGAGCAACAAGGCUGUGUGAACACUGCUAUAAUAAAUGUAAAGAACUCUGCUGACUCUGCUUUAGCGGGGGCAACUUAUAUGCACAUGCAUCAAACAUGGUUGGAAAGAUCAGGAGCUAAAGAUCAAUCAACCUGGCUCUUCUAGAUUUUGCUUGCAACUUCACCCUAUUGCUCCAGAUUGCAAAGUAACCGAAUCAGAAACAUUCCAGUUUUGUAAUUCUAUGAUUGAUGUGUGAACAUCAAGUCUGUAAAGAUGACUUACUAAAUGAUUACAUCAAAUAGAAAUUAGUGAAAGAUUCCUCGUUCAUAAAUUUCUUCCA